UCUUGUUUCCACACGGACAGGUUCUAGAAGACAAAAACAUCGAGAGUCCCCUUUCCUUUGGCAGCAGGCUAAUCUACACUAACCGCUAACUGAAAUUUAACGUAUAAUUGAUUGAUCUAAACGUUUCAAAAUACAUAUCAGUAAAGGUUUCUGAGUGCUAAAAACAACGAGAUAUUUUUUGACGGAUCAUUCGUCCACGAUGUCCUCUCCUCUGGAAAUGACCGAGCUGUAUGACAACGCACUGCUCGGCAUCCUGCAGCAUGUUGGAAACAUACAGAACUUUCUACAGGUUUAUUUUGGUUUCCUCUAUCGAAAGACGGACUUCUAUCGGCUGCUUUCCAGCCCAAACGACACGAUGGGUUUCCCACCAGGAAUGGCGGAGAAAAUGGUCCUCAAGACCUUCAAAUUAUUUGAGAAGGUAGCAUUACAUGAUAGAGAGAGAGCUCUGCAGGAGGCACAACUGAGGGAAAGGGAAAAGAGGACCGCUCCCCCUGCUGUCCAGGAGGUAGUAGUGCAGGCAGAAGAGGAGGUGGCAGCAGUGACAGCAGCAACUGGUCAAGAAACAGAGGCAACUCCAGAAGCCCCACCCCCAGUGGUUGAACAGACACUGCCUUCAAACCCAGAACCUGUCUGCAGUAACACUGACCGACCACCAGAUGGCGAGCCUUCCGAGCCCAGCCCGGGUGCGACUGGCCCAGCUUCUGGGCAGGAGCAGUUCCAGGCUAACCCGGACAGCUACAACGGCGCCGUCAGAGACAAUUACAGCUGGUCUCAGGAUUACAACGACGUGGAGGUGCGGGUGCACGUGCCCGCCCAUAUCCAACGCGGCAAGCAGGUGUCGGUGAGUCUGCAGACAGGAAGCGUGCGUGUGGCCGUGAGGGAGGGGUCAGCGGAGAGAGUCCUGAUUGAGGGGGAGCUCACUCACAAGAUCAACACCGAGAACUCACUCUGGAGCCUGGAGCCGGGGAACUGUGUGCUGCUCUCCCUCAGUAAGGGAAUGGAGGUGUGGUGGAGUGCCGUGCUGAAGGGGGAGACGGAGAUCGACGUGAACCAGAUCAACCGGGAGCGCUCCAUGGCCAGCGUGGGCGAGGAGGAGCACGCCGUACUCAACCGCCUCAACUUCGACUACCGGCAGAAGCUGCAGGGCAAGCCUCAGAGCCACGAGAUGAAGGUGCACGACAUGCUGAAGAAGGGCUGGGAUGCCGAGGGCUCCCCUUUCAGAGGACAGUCCUUUGACCCGUCCAUGUUCGACAUCCAGCCCAGCGCCGUACAGUUCUGAGAGUGACCAGCAGGUGGAAGCAGUCCACCACCUGCCACCGCGUGUACAGGGGGACGACGUUCAGACUCGCAUGAACAGACAUGUGAACACACAAAAAAUGGCACACAUGCACCCACAGACUCACACAUACACAAGCACCACUUCAUCCUGUUCACCCAAGGCAUUCUGGGUAAGAAUGUCCACAGUUACUCCCCUGUCAGUGCAGCACGACCCUGCAGUGUGGAAGGGGGAAGACUGACAGGCAUUGACUCAAGACCGCGCAAUUCUGAACAGACUAAAUGCACAGCGGUAUAGAGAGAUUUUCACAGCCCUUUGCUUGGUACAAAGACUGCUUCUUGGAUGCUUAGACAUUUUUUGCGCGUGUUGGGCUUUUCUUUCUUUUUUUCCUAAAUUUUGUAAAGCUCACUGGCCAUCUUUGUACAGUAAAUGUUGAAUGCAGGAGCCCAGGAAGCCAUCCCACUCUUUCACUGUGUGACCUUUUUCUUUCCCAGUUCACCAGUCUGUUCUACAUUAGUACCGCAGCACACUGGAGUAGCAGCCACUGUAAUAUAAAGAUGGAGUCUCUCUGCCACGCACUGAUGGGGGGAUGGCGAUAGAUCGGCAUUCUGGGAAAUGUUUCAGGAAAUGUAUAACCUCAGUGUGCCUCGUGCCUUCCACACGCACCGCCAAUGCUGCCCAGCUUACAGGCUGUAACGCACUCUGGGGGUUUGAUGGAAUCGUUCUUCAGAGACGGAACCGGAUACGUUUGUGCAUGGAAAAAAAAUGUAGGUGUACUGUACACAAAUUCAGCUUUGUCAUUGUAGAAACGGGGUGAGAAGUUGCUUCGGCCAUGUUUGUUAAAGUAGCAGUUUAUUUUUUUAUAGUGAAUUAUUUCAGCAUUUAUUGUCAUUGUAAUAGAGUCGCGCUCAAAAAUUUUUCUAAUAUAGCUGCACUUUUACGUGGGAGAGAUUUGAUUGGCGACCACAGCAUCAGUUUCAGUCAGUUUUCCGUUCCGCUGAGGCGUCAGCGUGUUGGCUGUGUGUGGUUAACAAGUUUUGGUUGUGCUUCCUUUUUCAGCUGAGUUUCUCUUCUCCGUUUGUUUCAUUUGUGUGCCUAAAAAUUAAUAAUAAAUAUAUGAAUUCAUUCUC